AGGCCGAACCAAUCAGAAAGAUCAAAACGUGAGAGGAUCCUUUGCUCGCUCUUCGAAUCCACAGGAGAAAGUUUUCUACCAAGCGCGAUGCCUGGAUCGGGGAACGUGUGGUUUGUCUACCGUCCCUUCAUGCUCAUGUGCGUGUUGGGGAUUGUGUUGGCGACCGUGCUCUUCAUUGUAAGCGUUGUUCUCAUCACGUUGCCGCUGGACGAUACCUGCAAGAUCUACACAGUGACCGGAUGCACCAUAUCCCAUCACCUCUUGAACACGUUUGUGAAUGUCCUAGCAGCCUGGAGCUCCAUGCCCGCGCUCUUUCCAAUCACUUUUGGCGCAAUCGGACUCUACGCGGGGACGAGAGGAAGCAGGGGAGGAGUGAUGUCAGUGAUGUUCAUGAGCUUGAUUGGGAUGGCGAUCUGCGCAAUAGGCGCCUCGAUGACUUUGUAUUCACGACAAAUCGUUUGCGAUGGUCAAAAUCAAACUACACUUCCAACGAACUACUCGCAAGUAUGUUACUUCUCGAGCGCGCUCUUCUACGUGGUGGUCGUCUUGAACGGGUGCCUGGUGCUGCAACAGCUUGUCCUCUCCCUCCUCAGCGGAUGCUUCUGUUGUGACCCCGUUGGUCUCGCAAUAUCUCGUGAGCUUGCAGGGACUCGAGGAGACGUCGUUCCUUACGCUGCUCCUAUUGCCGGAACCCGCGUACCGAUGCUCAGACGUUCAGUCUGAUGCAACUUGUAAUAUAACAUCCGAGCCUC